AUGGAGGAGGAGGAGAUAAAUCUGGCCGGCGCCGGCGGAGGGGAGGUGAAGCAGGAGGCGGGGGAGGAGGAGGCUGAGGAGUCGUUCGAGCCGACGGAGGACGAGCUGGUGCUGCACUUCCUGCGGCCGCAGCUGCGCGGGUUCGCGCCGCGCGUGGCGGGCGCGGUGGUGGAGGCGGACCCGUGCGCGGCAACCCCCUGGGAGCUGCUGGCGCGGCACGGCCUGCUGCGGCGCGGGCACGGCUACUUCUUCGCGGCGCGGCGGCGGCGCGGGAAGCGCGCCCAGGCGCGGCGCACCCUGGAGGGCGGCGGCGGCGCGUGGAUGCACAGCAGCAACAGGGAGGACCGGCGGUCCGUGACGGAGCUGGGCGUGGUGGCGCGCUGGUCCAUGACGCGCUACUGCUUCUACGCCCGCGACUGGGCGCAGGGGCGGCGGAGCACCGGGUGGGUGAUGAGCGAGUACGAGAUCACGGACCCGCGGUGCUACCGCCGCGCCGACGACGGCGAGGAGGACCACUACUGGGUGCUCUGCCACGUCCGCCGCAGCGUCAGGAAGAGCCUCAAGCCGCGCUCCCGGAGGCCGUAG